AUGAGUUCUUCAGUUAUUAGUGAGAUGGAGCACAUGGUGCCCGAAUUGUCAUACUACAAGGACAAGAAUAUCUUCAGUCCAGCUGAAAUUGAGGCAAUUAUCAAAAAGAGAAAGAACUUUGAGCAGAUUCUUUCAGUGCGGCCUCGUCUUAGCAUAUUUCUUCUGUAUAUUGAGUAUGAAGUCCUAUUAGAGCGUAUAUAUUUAAAAAGAGCAAAAGACGUAAAAAACAAAAGGAAUUAUAUCACAAAGAGAAUAGACUCUCUCUACUGCAGAGCGCAAUUCUCAUGCCUUGGUGUGGAAGAACUGUUUAUCUCGCACUUGGAGUAUUUCCUCUCUGUAAAUAACAAGGAGAAGAUAAAGGAAAUAUCUCUUUCCAUCCCGAAGAAGUGCACGGGAAGCCUGGAGGUUUGGCUGAGGUGCGCAUUCGCUCUUAGGUCCAUAGGGGAGGUUGAAGGAUCCAGGAUUCUUCUUCAAAGAUCACUGCGGGUUUUGUCCCACGAGAAGAAUCGCAUAAUUGAAGAGUACAUAAAACUAGAGGAGGAAAAUGAGGAGAGUGACUCCUCCAGGAUUAUUGAAGUUCUGAGGAAGGAGAUCGGGGUAGAGUGCAAAUAA